AUGGCCGCUAGUUCACUCUCCUCCGCCGUGAAAUCUCUUUGCUCCGUCGCAUCUGGCAGUGUUUCUGGUUCCAUUAUCCUCAGGAGGAGUUACGUUGCGACUUCCCAAAAUGUGACACGAGUAGGAUUCAGUAAGGGAGGUUCCACCAGAGUUAUGGUGGGGAAGAUCGAACAAAGGGUGGAUCAAGAGGCAGAGUCUUCGUGGGCCCCAGAUCCAGUCACGGGAUACUACAGACCUUCAAAUCGUACGGCUGAGAUUGAUCCAGCGGAGCUAAGAGAGAUGCUUCUGAGAAACAAAGCCAAGUGA